CUAUUCGAACCAGAGGGACAGAUACUAACUUACUGGACUGAAUAAUACUAGCGGACAGUUUUUCAAAUAUAGAUUUAAACUACCCCCUCAACAGAACCUUCACUCGCAAGUGAUACCCCAGGAUGAUUAUGCAGCGCUUAUCCCAGCUCUAUCCCCUCCUGCGUUCGGCUGUCUCCCUGCAGCUCCGCAGGAACUUGGGGUUGACAGCUGUCGCCUUUAACAAGGCAAAGGAAUUGGACCCUGUGCAAAAGCUCUUUGUUGAGAAGCUCAGAGAGUACACCACCAAGAGCAAGAGUGCUGGAGGAGUUGUGGAUGCUGGCCCAGAGUACCAGAGGAACUUGAAUGAUGAGCUGACCAAACUGCAGAGGCUGUAUGGUGGCGGGGACCUCACCAAAUUUCCAGACUUCAAAUUUGUUGAGCCCAAGUUAGAAGAAGUGACCCCUAAGUAAUCCCCUGCUCUGCUCCCAGCAAUGUUGGUGUCCCUUGUCUUUCUUUUCAUGUUACUGGAUACUUCAGUAGUUAUUUAAUAAAUAACUUUGUUAAUGUAUUUGCUUGUUAAAUACUUUUCAUAUUGGGUUCACUUAACGAGAAAUAUACAGUGUUUGAAGAGUUAUGAUUUGGUCAAUGUAGCAUGUGAGUUGCAUGUUACAAUAUGCUGCACACAUCUGCAGGCUUGAUCUGUCAUGAGUCACUUAGUUGUUUUUUGGUAGUGGUUUUCUGCAAACAUUUCCAUUCUAGGAUGGACAUGUUGGUCAGUGCACUUAGUCAUGUCCCUUGUGAAGGGAUUCUUCUGCUUUCACAUGAUUGCUGCAUACAAUUCACACAGCUAAUAUAGGUCUAGUGUAGUGAUGCACGGGUCAGACAGGUUUGGGUUAGAUAAGUUUCAGUAAACUUCGGGUUGGAUGUGGUCAGCUUUUGAGUGGCAGGGCAAGGAAAAUAGUGUACUUUCAUGAACAUGAAUUAAAGAUUAAAUGUUUAACCGCAUUUUGGGAUUAGUUAUCUUCAUUAUGCAUCAAAGGAUAAGCCUGUGUAUUUUUAAAAUAUAGUUUACUGAUGUAAAUGAAUGACUUAUAGCUAAAUGCAGUAUUUGUGUAAGUAGUUUAUACAACAAUAGUAAUUAAAAGGAUAAUGAUCAUAAAACUGAUAGUUGUUUAUUAAUAUAACUUCAGCUGGUUUGGGUGCAGGUCAAAAUAUGACUGACUUCCUCAUCCUUAGUUUAGCGUAGGGGUCUCCAACCCUGGUCCUGGAGAGUCCCUAUCCAGCAGGAUUUAUAGGUGUCUUUUUUUGCAUCAUCAGUGGCUAAAGAUAUGGAACACAUUUUAAUCUUGUCUAAUUAAGGCAAUAAUUAGUUCAAUUAAGUAACAGAUUGGUUGAAAUGAAAACCAGCAACCACAGUAGCUUUCCAGGACCAGGGUUGGUCUAGCAUAUCAGACAUUGCAUAAAAUGGAAUUUCUCAUUUUACUCACUGUAAACUGUUUAAAAUGUACAGCAGUCUUUCUAGUGUUUUGGACUAGAUUCUGCAAACCAUGUUUUUGUGUAAAAGUUUAAAGAAUGUAAGACUAUCAAAAACAUUUUGUAUAUUCACCUUGUAUGUAGUGCUGCACAAACCAAUUAUUUGGAUUGAGGUCUACAUAGAAAUCAGAUGUUGACAAUCAGCUGAGGGUCAUUGGUGGUGAUUGGGCUAAUUUACCAUGCAAUGUGAAAUAACUGAAGAAACAGAUGCUUGGAUUUGUGUUGACUUUCUCUCUCUGGAGAACAGCAAUCUAUACAAAUCAAGCAGCUGUUUCUUCAGUUGUUUCACUUUGAAUGGUAAAUUAGUCUAAUCAACACCAGUGACCUUCACUUGAUUAUCAGCAGCUGAUUUCUGUACACAGCUCAAUACUCGGUUCGUGCAGCUCUAGUAAUGUGCCUCCGGUAUUCAUUGUACACGUGUCUUAUUGGUUACAGCUUGAAAGGCAGCUGGGUUAAAUAUGUGAAACAAACCCAGGACUAGGGUUUGGACUGGCAGUCAGUUACUAAGAUCACUAAGAACUUAAAUUACAGCUUUUAUAUCUAUGGUAGAUUAUAACAAGCCACCUAGUAAAUAAAAAUUAAAAAAAAUUAAAAAAGCAUUAAUCAAAAAAUGUAUAAUUGUGAUUUCACUCUCCAUCUGCAAAUACAGUAUUAUUAUUAUUAUUAUUUUUUUAAAGAUAGCAACUGUUACUAGUUCCACUACUGGUAAAAAUACAGAAUGGAGUGACUAAUCAGACUCUGCCUCUUGCACAAGAAGCAAAUGCAUGCACCCUAUUCAGACUAAACUUAAAGCAGCUGGGGUAGUAUAUUGAUCAUGACAUCACACUAGUAACAAAUAUCAAAAUGCUGUCACAAAUGAGAUACAUUUAGUUGUCUCCAGUUAAGCAACAGAACCUGGCUUAGAGAACAUUAUCAUCUCGUAGCUGACUGUCAAGCAGACCACUGUACUAAUAAGAUCUACCAUCAAAGUAAUGCCUGACGAUCAUGAUUUUAUUUGCAGUUGGAAAGCAGUAAAGAAUAUUUUUCAA